GAAGGCCGAAGGUGCGUGGGCCCCAGCGUGGAGGACGUCGUGCGGAAGGAGAUGGUGCGCGCGCUCUCCGUCGCGCCCAGCCUCGCCGGGCCGCUCCUCAGGAUGCACUUCCACGACUGCUUCGUCAGGGGGUGCGACGGCUCGGUGCUCCUCGACUCCACGGCGAACAACACCGCGGAGAAGGACGCGAAGCCGAACCUGACGCUGCGCGGCUUCGGCUUCAUCGAGAGGGUCAAGACCGCGGUGGAGAAGGCGUGCCCUGACACCGUCUCCUGCGCCGACGUGCUGGCUCUCAUGGCCAGGGACGCAGUGUGGCCGAGCAAGGGCCCGUUCUGGGCAGUCCCGCUGGGGCGGCGGGACGGCAGGGUGUCCAUCUCCAACGAGACCGACCAGCUGCUGCCGCCCACGGGCAACUUCACGGAGCUGGCCCAGCUGUUCGGCGCCAAGGGCCUGGACACCAGGGACCUGGCGGUGCUGUCGGCCGGCCACACCAUCGGCACGUCGUCGCACUGCUUCUCCUUCUCGGACCGCCUCUACAACUUCACGGGCCUGGACGACGCCCGCGACACCGACCCGGAGCUGGACCGGGCGUACAUGGCGCGCCUCCGCGCCAAGUGCGCCAGCCUGGACGACAACACCACGCUGGUGGAGAUGGACCCCGGCAGCUUCCGGACCUUCGACCUGGGCUACUACGCCAACGUGGCCAAGCGCAGGGGCCUCUUCCACUCCGACGCCCAGCUGCUCGCCGACCCUUCCACCCGCGCCUACGUGCUCCGCCACGCCACGGGUGCCCACAGGGACGAGUUCUUCGCCGACUUCGCCGCGUCCAUGAUCAAGAUGGGCGCCGUCAGCGUGCUCACCGGCGGCCAGGGCGAGGUCAGGAAGAAGUGCAACGUCGUCAACUAACUUAUAUAUGGCCCCCUGAGGAGUCAUGUCUUUCUUCUUCGUUUUUUCG